AUGUCUAACGGCCCCCCAAAUCUGCCCAGUACUAAUCCAGUACCGCUGAAACGAGAGUUAGGUCAUGCUUCCUCCACCGCAUACUAUGUGACUAGAACCACCCACCGGCUGAGAACGGAUAAGACUGACAGUCGGGCCCCAGCUGCACGUUCACAAGCGGAGAAACCUGCCUAUCCCCACAAAACCCAUGGAGCUCCCCUGAAUAAUAAAAACCCCCUUUAUAUGAAUGACCAGGAUUUCGCCUUCAAAGGAGCCAUGGCGAGCAUUCGCCACCGACCACAAACCCAGCCUAUAAUAGCGGACAAUUUGAUCACCCCGAAUGAGGCCAAGCUGAGUAAGGCGGGUUCAAAAGCGGCUUUGCAGACAGCUCAUAACCAUACUGGAACGUUUGAAACUAAGGCGACAAUGGCUAAGAAACUACUGGCAAACGACCAAGGGGCAAGGAAGGCUGCGACUGGGGCUAUGGUGGUCACCCAAAAGGCUGAACCAAGAGCACUUCAGGAUGAACUUCCAGACUUGUCCCAGGCGCUGCCCGCAGCAUUUGCUAGUCAAAGGGCAGUUAAAGAAGAGCAAGUUGUAACCGGUCAUGGAGAACCCCAGUUCGAUCCUGUAAAAAUCCAUCAAGUUGCGAUGAUUAGAACCCAACAAAGUUUAGCCUCUUCAUUGCCAUUUCGGGGAACACAAGAUGAAGCCACAAAAAAGGGAGUACAGAAGGCGGCUGCUUUGACGAUGGCAAAACAAUUGUAUCCGACCGCACCUCCUGCAGAAACGCCCGCUGAACUUGAAGCUUCAGAGCACCCUGGCUUCCUUGGACAACAGAUGUUACCGUUAGAAUCAAGACGCCGGGAGGUCGAUCUAAUGUCUGAAGCACAGAAAAGAGUGUCUCUACGCCUAGCUAAAAUGGAUGACGAGCAAAGGUUAUCCAGGAUGUACCAAAACCCUCGGCCUUCUUCUAGGCCUGCUUCGAUCGCUUCCUCGAGAGGACGUCGGCUAUCAAGCGGGGAUGCAGAGACUAGCAGCUUUACACGUGGAAGCAUUUCGCGAAGAGGGUUUGCAAGACAUUCGUUGCGAAUGACUAAUGGUUCACAUACUGUGAAUGGUAUUAAUGAUAUGCAUGACAAUACAUAUGCACCUGAAGAAGAUGCGGUUAUGAAAAUGGCUCGCAAAAGGGCGGAUAAUACAUUGGAUAUCAUUGAUCAGAAUUUGUAUAUGCGAACAGGACGGCCGUCUCCAGCGGUACUGCGCGAAUGGGAACGCAAAGCAAACGAGCGAGCAAUGGCCAUAAGGGCCCCACCGACAUCAACUUUUAUUUCCCCAGCUGGGACAAAGCUUGAAGAUAAUCCGAACGUGCAGGCCCUGGCUCGAACCACUCUGCAACCAACCCUGGAUGCGAUUGACCGCGGGGUUGAUCGGAAGAAGUCAGAGACAUUCACAAAGAAAAUUGACUCAGCCCGGGAGAAGGAGCAUCGGAAGACGCUAAAGCAGAGAGAGAUUGAAACGAAGAAGGUGCACCAAAAACUACUACGGAUUGUAAGAAAAGAAGCCAGUGGGGGAUGGAAGCAGCCUAGGAUGACAGAUGUUGACGGUGCCAAAAGAAAGCGCCGAAGUGAGGCGGAGGAAGCUCUAUCUCUCGAAGAAAAGAGGACUCAGAAGACAGCUGGCGAACAAGCAGCGAUGAACGGCAGUGCUAAAGCACAUCCAACCCUCCAACCCAGUGUAGUCUCUGACACUUCCGGGGAGCCAUCCCGCGCCGGUGACUUUCCUGAGACGCCUGCUCAAGUGGAGAGGGAUGUAGCGCAGCCAACAGGACAAAAUGCUACGGCUACCCAACACCCAGUGGUGCCCGCAGCAUCCGCUGCAGCACCGCUUGCAGAAGACUCAGUACACCAGGAGGAACCCCGUCAGGCUGGCGAAGGAAUGGGAGGCAUAGUUCGCCAAUGGAGCACCUCAAACGAUGGCGAAUCACUCGGGCGUGGGAAACAAAAACAACCCAUUUCCUCGAAACGCUCGUCCGAGCGCUUCAGCUUCAGGGGCUUUUUUGGUCGGUCUGCGCCAGCGGAUACAGGGAAACAAGGAUCAUUUGAAGUUCAAAAGCGCACGGAAGUCUUAGCUGCCGCCGAGGAGGCGGAAGCUGGGCCUUCGAGUGCACCGGUCUCAGUUGAUCAUCCAGUGCCAAUGGAGGCGACGCCCCAAUCAAAAACAGCUCCGCGUGGCUCAAGAUUUCAAGAGGACCUGUAA